AUGGUAAACUGCCACAACUUAGGAAGACAAAACAUCGGAGACAAAGUUGAAUCAGCUGUUAAGCCAGAUUCUCAAAAAUCUACAGGUGAGAGCUUGAAGGAUACUGUUGCUGGAAAGGUUGAUGACUUUGCUGGUAAAGGUCAAUCAGACAAGGACAAGUCUUGGACCCAAAAGGCUUCUGAUGCAGUCUUUGGUGAAUCUAAAUAA